AUGUCAUUUACUAACAAGUCGCGGGUCGCCAUCUGCUUUGCAUUGCUGUGUGUUUGUCUCACAGUAGCAGCCAAAAGGAAUUUCAAAUGUCCUUCAGGAUGUUCCUGCUCCAAGGAGACUGUCAUCUGCGUCGGCACCUCACAGAUUCCCCGGACUGUGCCCAGUGACAUACAUUCACUGAGCGUUGUAAAUGGCUCCAUUGCAGAAAUCACAGAGGGAAUGUUUGCACUCAUGCCAUCUCUUCAGCUGCUGCUUUUAAAUUCAAAUUCUCUGACCACUAUCAAAGACGAUGCAUUCUCCGGGCUGCCACACCUCGAGUAUUUGUUCAUUGAGGGAAACCAGAUUGAGACAAUCACCAAAAAUGCCUUCCGUGGUCUGCGGGAUUUGACCCAUCUAUCACUUUCUAAUAACAAGAUGAGGUUUCUGCCCAGGGAUCUCUUCUCUGACCUGGAUUCCCUCCUGGAGCUGGAUCUGCGAGGCAACGCUUUCCCGUGCAACUGUGAGAAUAAGUGGCUGAUGACAUGGCUGAAAAACACAAACGCCACGGCAUCAGAUGUCCUGUGUGCAGGCCCCAAUGACAUGAAGGGCAAGCGUCUCAAUGACCUUCCCAUUCCACCGGGCGAGUGUAUCUCCACAGACUUUGUGCGUCAUCAGUCAAUCCCCAUUCAGUCCAUGUCAGCAGACAUCUUCUCUUUUAAAGAGGACAUCUACGUGGCCAUGUCUGCCCCCAACUCCAACAGCUGUGUGGUAAUGGAGUGGGAUCACAUUGAAAUGAAUUUCAGACGAUUUGACAAUAUAACAGGAAAGUCUGUCGUAGGGUGCAAGUCGGUGCUAAUUGAUGACCAUGUAUUGAUAAUCAUCACCCAGCUCUUUGGUGGCUCUCACAUCUAUAAAUUUGAUGAUCAACAGAACAAGUUCACAAAGUUUCAAACUAUAGAGGUCUUCAACAUUUCUAAGCCAAACGACAUUGAGGUUUUCCAAAUAGAUAGUGAGUGGUACUUUGUGAUUGUGGACAGCUCCAAGGCAGGCCUCACUACAUUGUACAAGUGGAUGGACCAACCAAACCGCAAUGAGACUGGUUUCUACUCUUACCAGUUCCUCCACGAGUGGUUUCGUGAUACAGAUGCAGAGUUUGUCAACAUAGAUGGCAAGUCCCACCUUAUCCUGGCCAGCCGCCCCCAGUCCCCCGUUAUCUACCUGUGGAACAAGAGCACACUCAAGUUCAUGCUCCAUGGCGAAAUCCCAAACGUUGAUGACGUGGUGGCUGUCAAAGCAUUUCGGGUGGAAAAUGAACUUUAUCUGGCCAUGACCUGCUAUAUUGGUGACUCCAAAGUCAUCAAGUGGACCAACAAGCAGUUCUCUGAGGUACAAGCGCUGCCUUCGCGCGGGGCAAUGAUCCUGCAGCCUUUCACCUUCUCAGACAGGUACUACCUUGCACUGGGUAGUGAUUAUUCUUUCACACAAAUCUACCUCUGGGAUGAAGAAACCAAAACCUUCGCCAAGUUCAAAGACAUUUAUGUGCAGUCUCCACGAUCCUUCACAGUGGUGACAACUGACCGAAGGAAUUUCAUCUUCUCCUCAAGCUUCAAGGGCAAAUCCAUGGUUUUUGAGCAUAUGAUUGUAGACUUGAGUUUAUAA